UGCUUAGAACCAUUUUUACCAAACUUUCCUUAGCUCCAGCGAACUCCUAAUUAGAUUUAGAGUCUAGAUCAACAACUAGAAACUUGUAAACUUGCUCUAGAUCGUCUUAACCAAGUUCGAGUUUUCUAAAAUUGUGGUAGUUUUAAAAUAUAAAACAAAGAAUGGUCUAGUUCUUAAAAUUUCCCAAAUUUCCCCUUACUAAAAAAAAUCUUUAUUUUUCUCUCAUCUUUCUUCCUCCAAUUUUUCUAUCUACGGAAACCCUUUUCCCCAAUUUUUAGUCACCACGCGAAAAGCAUCCACCGCCCGCCGUCGUGCGCCGCGCGCCUCCAAUCGUGCUGCCUUUGUCUUUUUCAACAAAAAUGAAAUUUGGGGGGCUUCGAAGAUUUUGCAGGAUCAACAUGCGGAACUUUUCAAAUUUGCAAAGUGUAAAUGUUUGCAUAUUCAAUUCAUCCUUUGUUUCUGACAUUGGAAAGUGUGUUCAAAUAGUUCAGGGUUCUGAAAAUUAUUCAACUCUCGCCCGUGCUGAAAUUGACAAGGGAAUGGAGAGAAUGAAACUGGCCAUAAACUUGGCCUCGCUUGUUGAAGAAUCUCUUGAUGUUGAUCUGAGAAGAUCAAAGACUCAAAUGGAACUUAAGAGAUCACUUGAAAUUCGGAUUAAGGAGAGGGUGAAGGCACAAUAUUUGAAUGGGAAGUUUUUGGACUUGAUGGGGAAUGUAAUUGCCUGCCCCAAUACUCUUCAAAAUGUUUACGACUGUAUUAGAAUUAACUCAAAUGUUGACAUUAAGUCGAAUGAUCGUUUGAUCUCAUUUGAAUCUAUGGCUGAAGAGCUUUCUAAUGGUAAUUUUGAUGUCAAUACCAAUACUUUCUCCAUAUUAAGUUCAAGAAAAGAAGUACUAAUUUUACCAAAGAUAAAGUUGAAGGUUCUUCAGGAAGCCAUUAGGAUAGUUUUGGAGUGUGUGUUUAGGCCACAUUUUUCCAAGAUAUCUCAUGGUUGUCGAAGUGGAAGAGGACACUCAACAGCAUUGAAGUACAUCAAAAAAGAGAUAAAAGAUCCUGAUUGGUGGUUCACAGUUGACUUAAGCAAAAAGAUGGAUGAGCUUGUGAUGGCUAAACUCAUUACAGUAAUGGAGGACAAGAUAGAGGACCCCAAAUUAUUUGCUGUUAUCAGAAGUAUAUAUUUGGCCGGGGCACUGAAUUUGGAGUUUGGGGGUUUCCCAAAAGGUCACGGUCUUCCACAAGAGGGAGUUCUGUCUCCUAUAUUAACGAACAUUUAUCUAAACCUCUUUGACCAAGAAUUUUUCAGAUUAUCUAUGAAAUACGAAGCUAUUAAUGAGUAUGGUAAUACUGGUCAAGAUGGGUCACAAUCAAGGCUACGGAGUUGGUUUAGGAGACAAUUGAAAGGAAAUAAUUCUGAUUAUUCAGGUGAGGAGAAAGACAAGAUAAGAGUAUAUUGUUGUCGCUAUAUGGAUGAAAUCUUUUUAGCAGUAUCAGGUUCUAAAGAUGUUGCUCAUAGUUUUAGGUCUGAGAUUUUUUAUUUCGUGCAGAAGACUUUGCAUUUGGACGUUAACCGUGAAGAGGAAAUGGUAUCAUGUGAGACUCAUGGAAUUCGUUUUCUUGGUUGUUUGGUCAGACGAAGUGUGCAGGAAAGUCCUGCUGUAAAAUCCAUCCACAAGUUGAAGGAAAAAGUUGAGCUAUUUGGUUUACAAAAGCAGGAGACUUGGAAUGCUUGGACAGUGUGGUUGGGAAAGAAAUGGCUUGCUCAUGGUUUGAAGAAGGUUAAAGAGUCUGAGAUUAAGCAUUUAGCUAAAAAUAGCUCUUUAAAUAAAAUUUCCAGUUUUCGUAAACCUGGAAUGGAAACUGAUCACUGGUACAAGGUUCUGUUGAAAAUUUGGAUGCAAGAUCUAAAUGCAAGAGCUGCAGAGAGUGAAGAAAAAAUCUUAUCUAAGCAUGCAGUGGAACUUUCUCUUCCUUUUGAACUUCGAGAUUCCUUUUAUGAAUUCCAAAGGCAUGUCAAAGAAUACAUUUCUUCUGAGACAGCGUCUACUCUUGCCCUUUUACCAAAUUAUGACCCUUCUGCCAAACCUACUUUCAUAACUGAGAUUAUAGCACCUGUCAAUUCUAUCAGAAAACGACUUUUGCGAUAUAGAUUAGUCACAAAUAAAGGACAUCCAUGCUCCUCUCCUUUCCUCAUCUUACAAGAUAACACCCAAAUUAUUGACUGGUUUGUAGGAGUAUCUCGUCGUUUGUUUAGAUGGUACAACAAUUCUUCUAACUUCAGCGAGUUGUUCUUAAUUUUCGAUCAAGUUAGGAAAUCUUGUAUCCGAACGCUAGCAGCAAAGCACCGGAUACACGAAAGUGAAAUAGAAAAGAAGUUUGACUCAGAAUUGAGUAAGAUUUACUCCUCUUCUGAAAUAGAUCAAGAAAAAGAGAAGUCAACAGAUACCCAUGUUUUAGACCACGAUGAGGCACUAAAGUAUGGAAUUUCAUAUAGUGGUUUGUGUUUGCUAUCUUUUGCUAGAAUGGUCAGCCAAUCUCGUCCUUGCAAUUGUUUCGUCAUUGGGUGUUUGGCUCCUGCACCAAGUGUUUAUACUCUUCAUGUCAUGGAGAGACAAAAGUUUCCGGGAUGGAAGACUGGGUUCUCGAGUUCCAUUCAUCCUAGCUUGAACAAACGACGAUUUGGGUUAUGCAAACAACAUUUGGCAGAUUUGUAUUUGGGUCGCAUUUCUUUGCAAUCUGUUGAUUUUGGUGCAUGGAAGUGAAUUGUUUUUGUUCUGCUUAUGAUUUCAUUUAACUUCUAAAUUACUUGUUGAGAUAAGAUUUGCCAAGAGAAAUGCCAUGACUGAGCCUUCGUGAUGCAUAAUUUGUGCUAGCAUAAUGAUUUUCUGGUCUCAAUGGUGUCUGAAAUCCUAAUUGGAAUGUUGCGCCGAUUGAACAUUGUUAAAACUAAUGUGAGGACCAGGCUGGAACAACCCAAUGUGAGAAUCAGGUUUGAACAACGUUCAGUUGAAUGGGUGAUGUUUAUAUCGAUAUCUUGGAAACCUUUUCAAUUGCUCGGAUGAAGAAUAUUAGUAUGGUGAGGAGUACAUGCCAAUGGUCUAUGCAAACUUCAACUACUAUAGAUCGUCAAGAUUAUGAUAUUGGCUUUGUGCCUAGCUUAACCCAUGGUGGGUGGCUCUAUGUGCACAUAGGAGCGUGGAUACGAAGGUUGCUACUGUGGCAAUUUCUAAAUAUGCGUGAGCUCUGUCUAGCCGUGUGUUUCCCUUAUGGAUAUGGAUCACAUGUGAGCUAUUCUCGGUCGGUAUUUAGUAUUCUACCAUGGUUGGUCGAAUGAAGGUUGCUAUUGUGGCAAGUACUAAAUAUGCGUGAGCUUAGUUUGGCCGCAUGAUUCCUUAAUCAUGUGCGAACUAUUCUCGGUCGUAUAUUUAGGCACUUUGCUAUAGUAGACUUUUAUAUGGUUCAGGUUUGUUGGCAAAUACUUGUGGUUUAUAUUAAUAUGUGAUUUUAACGUUUUAAUUAUUAUUUCAUUAUCGAUGCCAUAUUUAAACAGUUUUGAGAGCAUGUUUUACGACUAUUUACGUCUAAAAACUUGCCACUCACUAAGUUUUAUCUAACAUUUUCAAUGCCCCCUCCCCUACCCCAGGUAGCAGUUAAGGACCAAGCAUUCGUUGAGCUUCCUGUCAUUUAUUGUAGAUUCUCAUUCUUUUUGUAUGUAUGUACUUAAGUUUUGUAUUGCAUCAUUGGGUGGUUAGAAGCAGCGAGAGUCAUGUUAUUAUAUUGUGUUUUGAGGGAUUCUUGUUGGAAUGUAAUUAUUUUGUAACUAAUUCCUAGUUUGGAUUGUAACUAAUUCCUAGUUUGGAUAUGAACUCUGAUUGAGACUCGGACUAGUUUUGAUGAGUGUGUGGUGAGAUACACUCGAUGUGAUUUUUUAGUAUGAAGAUUAUAUAUAUAUUGAAAAUUUCUUGAAAA